GACCAUUCCCGUUGCAGGGUUAUUCUUUGCAUAUUAUAAAUGUAACUAUUUCUGAAUUGUGGCUAUUAUUGGGAUGUGUUCUGUGAGUGGUUUGGAGAAAAUGUCUUAUGUGAUUUUGUUCUGUUUGUGGUGCCUGUUUGGUGUGUUUGGUUGUGAGUUUGUGUCAGUGACUGAAGGAGAUUCUGUUAUUCUGUCUAUGAAUCUGACUGAACAUCAGGGGAGAAAGGGCAUCAAGUGGAUGUUUGGACCUAAAGCAUAUCUCAUAGCUGAAAUCACCAUAGAAGACGGUAAAGUUGAGAUAUAUGAAGGAAGAGAUGACGGGAGAUUCAGAGACAGACUGAAGCUGGAUCACACUGGAUCUCUCACCAUCACAAACACCAGAAUCACAGACUCUGGACUUUAUGAAGUGACCAACACCAGCACCAACACCAAACUCAACACAUUCAACAUUACUGUCCACGCUCGUCUGCCUGUUCCUGUCAUCACCAAUUCUUCAUCAUCAUCAGCCUCAAACUGUUGUGUGUUGUGUUCAGUGAUGAAUGUGUCACAUGUGAGUGUCUCCUGGUACAAAGGAAAGAGUUUAUUGUCCAGCAUCAGUGUGUCUGAACACAGAGACAUCAGCAGCAUCUCUCUUCAUCUGGAGUGUCUGGAUGAUUCUUACAGCUACAGUUGUGUGGUGAACAAUUCCAUCACAAACCAGACUCAACAUCUCAACACUGAUGUCUGUCACAAGUGUUCAAAAUCAAGCACUAAUUCCAUCUCAGAUUAUAUCGUCCCUCUCUCUUGUGCUGCUGGAUCUCUGAUGUUUGUAACUGCAUUUCUGAUGUUCUGCAUCUGCAGGAAAAGCAGAAAAACUCAUGAAGAAGAUCAGGCCGGUGAAGAGGAGAUCACUUAUGCAGAUCCAACAUUCUAUAAAAGACAAACACACAAACCAAGAGCUGCAGUGGAGGAUGAUGUGGUGUAUGCAGGAGUCGUGAGAAGAUGAUCAAACUCUCUGUGAAUGGACAUUAAGCAAAUAUCUCAACUUAAGGGUCUCGUCUGUCUCCAUGCCUGUUUUCCCGAGUGUUCCCCCUUGGACUCCGUUUCCCAUCACGCCCCACGCUCCCACACCAGUCCCGUGUCUGCAAUCACCGCCCCUGACUGUCAUCAGCCUCAUCACCGGACUGUAUAUAUCCCAUUGUGUUCCUUUGUGCAGUGCCCUGUCUCGUCAUUGUAACAGUGUUUUUGUAAUCGAGUUUCUCUUGUGUGCGCUACAUUAAAUGUAUAUUGUUCAGCAUUACCUCGUCUGUGGUCCCUUGGACGUUCCCUGACAAUGUCAUCCUAGUAGGUGUAACGUUACAUGUCUUCCUUUCUUCAGCCGAACACAACUGGGGUAAUAAUAAUAAUAAGCCAAAUGCGGACUCUUCCUGGUGGCCAUUUUUAAACUCGGAAAAGCACAUCCAUCCACAUGACGCCAGCGGUUAAUCCAUCAGGUCUCAUGAAGCAAAACAAUAUGUUUGUGAGAGAAAACAAUUAAUAUUUUAAGCUUAUUUCUGUCACAUUUGGCUGUAACAAUGAUACAUCACUUGACCUUCACAAAAUGGCCACACACAGGCUCCACCAAGCUUAAAUCUCAUUGAUUGUUGCAUGUCUUGUGACAACAACAUGCGCUCUUACUUUUGAACUGUCGCCAAUGUCAUGUUUGCUAAAGUUAAGUGCCCUUCAAAUGAGCACAUUGCUCAGUAAAUUUUCAUCCAUCACAUUUACUGUUUCUUGACUCGCUCCAAGUAUUUCUUUUCCAAGAAAAAGAUCAAUCCAAAUAAAUAAUUUUGAACCAGAAAAGUAAAUUGGUUAUUUAGGCCUAGAUACAGAUUGACCCAGAUACAAUACAGAUCAAAAAUACAUGUGACUUGGAGGGGUGUUUGUUGAAUCAGUUUGAAUAAGCCUUUACAAAUCUUACAUUGAAUCUGUAUUGUGUUUUUUCAUCUGCU